GGGCGGUUGCCGUGGUAACGGCGGGCCCGGCCGCCAUGGAGGGCGGCGGGCGGCCAUCGGCCGUACAGGCCGCGCUCUUGGCCGCCAGCAGCGCCAUCACCGCCCUGCUCUACUCCGUCUACCGGCAGAAGUCCCGCGUGGCCCGCGGGCUCGAGGGUGCCAGGAAGGUCCGGCUGGACGGGGAUCUACAAUCCUUGUUGCUGGAGGCGCCCGGACGCUGCGUGCCCUAUGCAGUCAUAGAAGGUGUGGUGCGAUCGGUGAAGGAGACCCUGAGCAGUCAGUUUGUGGAGAACUGCAAGGGGGUGGUUCAGAGACUGACCCUGCAGGARCACAAGAUGGUGUGGAACAGAACCACCCACCUCUGGAACGACUACGAGAAGAUCAUCCACCAGAGAACCAACACCACCCCYUUCGACCUGGUCCCUGCCGAGGACAGCGCCAGCGUCACCGUCCGUGUGAUGAAGCCUCUGGACGCUGCUGAGCUCAGCCUGGAGACGGUGUAUGAGAAAUUCCACCCUUCUGUGCAGUCCUUCACAGAUGUCAUCGGUCACUACAUCAGCGGGGAGCGUCCCAAGGGCAUCCAGGAGACAGAGCAGAUGCUGAAGGUGGGCACGGCCCUGACAGGGGUGGGGGAACUUGUCCUGGACAACGCUACCAUCAAGCUGCAGCCCCCCAAGCAGGGAAUGCCCUACUACCUGAGCACCCUGGAUUUUGAGUCCUUGCUGCAGAAACAAGAGUCCAGCGUCMGGUUUUGGAAAAUCCUGACCGUGGUUUUCGGCUUUGCCACCUGUGCUGUCCUGUUCUUCCUGCUGCGGAAGCAGUACCGGCACCACCGGGAGAGGCAGCACCUCAGGCAGAUGCAGGAGGAAUUCCGGCAGGCCCAGGAGCGCCUGAUGAACACGGAGGGUGGGGAGACCCUCAAAAACGCCUGCGUGGUCUGCUUGAGCAGCACCAAAUCCUGYGUUUUCCUGGAGUGUGGCCACGUCUGCUCCUGCCACGAGUGCUAUCAGGCUCUUCCCGAGCCCAAAAAGUGUCCAAUCUGCAGGCAGGGCAUCACCAGGGUGGUCCCCUUGUACAACAGUUAAUUUUCUGAUUCUUGUGAGGGAGAUUUUGGAUUUAAAGCUGCCAYUGGCAAACGGGUUUUGUCACCUUGCUGCCUGGGUGGUGGAUUUUGGGGAAGGGGAGGGAGCUUGAGAAAGCAGGUGCUUCAACAAGGGGGCAGAGCUGAGUCUGAAAAGGUGACUGUGCAGCUGAUCAGGGCUCACGCUGUGCUCUGGAGGUUUUUUGGGAGAGAAGACUGCUUGCAAAGGGUAAGGUGCUCAAGGGAGAUGCAGCUUUAAGCUCUUCUGUUAAGGUUUGGAUUCCCAGCAUUUGUGUCAUAGUUGCAGAGCCCCUUACCCAGCUGAUAAAAACAUGGGGAAAAUAAAACCAAAAUCCAUUAAGGAUUCUCAGAGGCUGCAGAAUUCCUGUGAUGSUGUCAGAGGGCUGCAAGGCCCAACAGAGCAGGAGGGGCUGUCGGAGAGCUCGUACUGGGGGGAGUGAACACGGGUAAUUCUGUGAUUCCCCCCUGAAAUGGGUUUGUCACACCAGGACGUGAGGAUGGGGAUGGGAGAAUGCUGUGGCUCAUGGCUGUGCUUGGCUUGGGCUGGGGUAGAAAACUGGGGUCAAGUAAUAAAAUAGGAUGA